CCUAACUUCAUUUUUGUACUUUCUGUUUUUUUCAUUUUACAACUGAAUUUAAGUGCCCAAGAAAUGAUCAAAUGUGAUCCGUAUGUAUGGAAAGAGGAGCUUGCCUUCUUGAAUGUUCCUUCCUGCCAGAAAUGGAAAAGAAAUGAAUCCUGAAGCACCAGAAGUGGAUUACCCAUAGUGACAAAUCGAAAUAGUUGUCUUAUUAAUAGGUUAUGUUAGGGCUGUAUGAAAACACAUGAUAACGAUAGGUAAAUUUGACAGAUGUUCUGCAUGAGGGAAUGUGUUCUAAUAGUUGUUUAGAAACUUUUCAAACUAAAAUUAAAUUGAACUGGACAAAGCAGGGUGAUUUUUUUUUUUUUUCCAGAGGGAAAUCACCAGAUAUACUUGAAGCCAAUUUGAAUGUUGAAUUUAAGACAUCAGGUUUGGGGAAAACGUUUAUUAAUUGCUCUUAGAUAAAAUAGUAAUUCAAAGUUUUAGUCCUUAGCUUCCUAAAAGUGUUCCGGCAUCUAGAACCUUUACAGGUUUCAACACUUUACCAUUUUUCAAAGAGACCAAGAUGCAGACUAUAAUUACCUUAAACUAGAUGCGUCUCAUUCUUAUUAAGAUUUUAAAAAUAUCAAAGACGAUUCACAGUUUGCGUUUCAUCUUUACUCAAAAUGCAGUUGAUUGUCCAAGACAACUACUCUUCUAACCCAUAAUUCAACAACACUCAGUUCAGCAACAGCUAUGUUAUAUGGUGUUAUACCAAAGCGCUGUUGAAUUCUCAAUUCUGAUUGGUCAGACGGUCUUGAUUAAUUUUCUAUAACAGGAGCGCUGAAACUAGUUUGAGCUACAAGACAAAACAAUGGUUUAUACUGUAUUAAUGACCUCAUUUUUAAAAAAAAACAAACAAACCCAACUUUCUCUAGAACGGCAACUCUGACAAUAGCUCGGCUGCAAGCUAUAUAUUACUGUGCUAGUUCUAAGUGUUAUUCUUUCUACAGUAAGAACUGACACACAAAAUUGUAUAACAGAUAUAGCGCCACAUACUGUACACAGAUUUGACAGUUUUCUGUGAAGAGGUGUUCAUGCAGCAAUGUUUGGAAGGAGUCUCCAGUGUCAGCAUUUUGUUACAGUCAAAGAUAAAACUCUAGCUGGGUUUCCCCGACAUGAAAAGUCUCCAUGAUGGGUUUGCAUGUAACAUGAGAAGUUGUUAUGUUUUGGGUUUUUUUUUUUGUCAAGAGAGAGAGAGAAAAUAGAGGCCAGUGAAGGAACGACUGUUUAUAGCUGUUUUAACGUUGGCAAUAUCAGGACCUAACUUGUCUUAUGGACAUAAUACAAGUUUAAAAAAAAUAAAAAAGUAUUAUAAUUGUAAUCAUUGGCAAAAUACUGUGGUUUAAGAGGAAUAAAACACUUUGCGACAUGCUGUUAUUGGAAAAUAAUCAACUUCUGGGUGGUAACAGUAAUUCUGCAUCAUUGUUGAUUAUUUUCUUAUAUCAGCACUGCUUAUUACUUAAUAAGCUGUGCUUGCUAACUGUGGGUCUGUUCACAGAGUUGUUUUCCCUGAUCGGAGCACCACCGGUGCAAACGUCUGACUCCUCCAGCAACCAAACCAAAACCGGAGUCAAAGAUCCUUCUCUACCAGCCAAUGAGCUGCUGGAGCAAGGCAAAAAAUCUGCAGACCCGAAGCUGGCGCUGCCCCCGGGGAUAUGGCCCAAACAUACAGACCCGCUAUCCCCUCAUCCUCGGCAUAGCACACAGAGCAAGAGCAAGAAGGGCUCGAGGGACGAGCGGCUUCCCAUCGAACAUAACAAUGAGAAACUGCGUAAUGAUGGGAAUCCUAAUAAAGUCGUCCCUGCUACUGGGGUCGGGGCAUCGAACCGCACACAGACACAGAAAGCUACACCUGAAAGCCCUAUGCAGUCCAAUAACCCUCCAUCUAGCGAGUCUGAGUUAAAUCACAACUCCAGAUCACGUACACGCUCACAGCAGCCAUCGUCUAACACGCACAGAGAAACUGGGACUGGUCGGAAUGAUCCCGAGGAGAACAGACCUGGCAGAUCGAGCCUGAACAACAGCCGCCCAUUCAUCCAGUACAACCGGCGCUCUUCCAGUCUGCUCUACCACUUUGACAUCCACAAGAAAGAGUCGGAUUUCACCCAUGAUGCAGUGUGUCUGAGCGAAUGCAGGAAGGACAAGGAUGAGACGGAGCACUUCUGCUACAGUGAAUUCGCCAUCAACGGCAUUGUUCACGACAUUGAUAUAAUUCGUCGAGGCAUCAGGCUGGUCUCUCUGCUGGUGAGCAACGACGGCUUCUACAAGAUGAGCCGCCUAUUCAUCACACCAGACGCCUACUUCUUCAAGGUGAACAUCUUGGUCUUGGACACCUACAAGUGUAGCAAACCUUGUCCUGACCUCAAACUCGGUAGCAGAUACAUAGUCAUGGGUCAUAUCUACCACCGAAGGCGCCAUCUUCCCUCCAGUCUCCUCACCCUCCUUGGAGGCAAACUGAAACCCGGAGACGGGGUCCUGCGCAGCAACAGCUACGUCAAGCGCUACAACAAGAGAAGGCACCAGAAAGCUCAAGAGGCCAUGCGCUCGAGGUGCAGGUGAAGGGGAAAACAAAUGUCUCGCUGCGACACCUGCUGCACAGGAGGACUAACUGCGGCCUUAUGUAAAUAUAAAAAAGAACAACCUCAUAAUCUUGCAGUAUUAUCAGAGGAGAUAGACAGGAAGACAAAGGCGUCUCUGUCCACCUAGCCCAAGCGUCCGAGUGUAAUAGAUCAAUCCACUCCAAGUGGGGAUAUUUUGCUUGCUGUACAAUGCUUGCCUUUCUGCCUGUCCUCUUUCAUAGACGACUCCAGGGAAAUCCGCUGGAUUCCAUCCACUGGCGGAGGAUCUGAUUCAUGUCUGAAACAUGAACCGGGAACCGGCUAAAUAUUUCCUCCGAGAAAUAUUCGGAGAAAAGUAAUAAAAUAAAGUUUUUAUGUGUUUAUAUACCCUAUACACCCUGCCCUGUUUGAUAUACACACAAGAACCGUGUUGUGUUUUCAGCGGACAUUUACCCUCAUAAAGACCGGACAGGUUAGGGAUGUUGUAAAAUAUCUGACCUUAUUUCAAUUGCACUCAGAGCGCUCACGUCCACAUGGCGUCAGUGUCUUUUAAGCAGUUAUGUUCUGUCAUUUCAUAUUCCAUAACCCAUGUGUUUCCUUUACAAAACCCAGACUAUGCUGUGUGACUUUGAACAUGUAGUGCACUGUGCAUGUUGCAGAAGUUACUAUUUUAUACCCUAUAAGAGCACUUUCUUUAAAAAAUACAUGUUGUACACUAUGUAGAGUGUACAGUAGAUGCCAAUUUUUCAUACCUUAUACAGUGCACUUUCCUUUACAGUUUGUGAUGCUAAUCGGGCCCGCAGGUUUCAUCUCUACACAGCAUCCAGUGUCCUGUGUGCAGGGUUUUUUUUGUUUUCUCUCUCUCUCUCUCUCCAUAUUUUUCCAGUUUGGAAACAUCAUGUGUCAUUAUCUCAGUUAAUUUCUGUUUAUUUUCCCAUUCACACUAUUUGAGCAGCACAGAAUGAAAGCACAAACCAACAACACAGAACUCUAUUUACGGAGCCCUAUUUAUUUUACCCGUACUUUGUAUUUCUCCUUUAAAUUAUAUCAGAAAGCAGGAAAUGUGCUGUUAUGCUCAAAAGAAGGAAAGGAAGA